AUGAGGUUUCUUCUAUUUCUUCUCGUCUGCGUUGCUUUAGUGAGCGGAAUGGGAGUGAAGGGAAAUGGUCAACUAUGCAGUGGGGAUUUACUAACAGGACCUUGCAGGGCUAAAAUGGAAAGAUGGGGAUUGGAUAAAAAAUCAAGAAAGUGCAAAAAAUUCAUUUACGGUGGUUGCGGUGGAAACAGAAACAAUUUUAAAAGUAAAGAGCAAUGCAAGAAACGUUGCAAAGCGGACUGA